AGAUCUACCCAGCUUGGGUAAAGGUGCUUUGCGGACGUUGAAUCCAGUUUGAUGAUGCUGAUGCUGAUAGAAGAAAGUCAACGUGGCAACGGGUGGGUUACAUAUAGGCAAAGAGUGAUUAGUAACUCAAAACCCCAGCACUCGAUUUAAAAAACAAAUAUCAAACGUAUCAAAUCCAAUUUGCACGUUUUCGUGCUUCAUGCUGUCGUCUGCAAAACACCCUCGCCAUCCUCAGUGAUAUAUUUAUUCUGUCCUCUCCUCUGUCACGAAGUACAUGGUAUAACCAAUUACACUUCUCUCUUGAUGCUGGGGAGAAUAUUUGGAGUGACAGCAGAUUUUUUAUAACUCCUGCCUCCAUGUGAUUAAGAAGAACAGAAAUUAAAUUAGGGAUGAAUAGAAGAGAAUAAUUCCAGGCAUUUGCUUUAAAAGAUAUUUGUAUUAGUCUUCCAAAUCUGGAGGCUUUGUGCUCCCCGUUAAUUACCUUUUUGCACGAAACCACACAAUUCCCUUCGUUUGCAUAAAUACUCUGACACGGUGAACUGAAAAGUCGUGUUCUUGGGUACACAGGUGGACCUUGUAUACUGGAAAUUAUUUCCUCUUUGUGGCAAAUACAAACGGUCGUAUCACAUGAAAUCAUUAAAGGAAACAUUCAGUUUGAAAUGACUUCAUUCUUUUUUUCUUUUUUUUCUUUUUUUUUUCUCAGUUUCUAGCCGGCAGGUAGUGCAAUCAGGGCUGCCUCCAACAUUGCGGCUUCUCCGUUCCUCCAGACCCUCCCAGAGAGAAGUGCAUGCUUCAUCACCACUUUCAUUCUUAAUUAAUGUUGGGCUGGAAGACCGGACGUCCAUCGGCAGGAGCGACGAGGAUAUGUGAAAACAACGUCAGUGAUCACGUGACUAGAGGCCUUUCUGGCAGUCUGCUCAGCACGCACGCACGUGGGAAACACCCACAGACGAACACACACACGAACACGACCGACAGACCGACAGACUCAUCGGACAAACGAAAGAAAGACGGAGGGAAUGAACAAAAAAAGACAAAAAUAAAAAAACAAACCAAAGUAAAUGAAAAAGUCAAGUAGACGGAUGGGCAGACAGAUUGUAAGGAGGAAGGAAGAGAGAAAGUGAGUGAGAAUGAGAGAGUGUAACUAAAAGUGAGUGGAGAAGGAAGGAGGAAGAGUGUCUGUCGUGUCGCAUUGCAGGGUGUUACAGGCCGAGACGGAGGAUGGGCUGUUUGUGAAGCUGACUUGAAGAAUUUAGACACCGCAGCAUGAGGGGCUGUAAUGAAAUCAGGAAGGAGGCUGGAAAGUCGAUCACAGUAUAAAUUCCGGUCUGUAGAUUUUCUGAGCCGCCUUUGCAUACAAGGGAAAUCUGCAGUCACAUCUUGAAGCAGCUAGCCCCUUCCAUGCAAAUUUCAAACAAUGAAACCAGAGACUUGGGGUCAAGGUGCGUGGUGCGAGUGAGGAGGAAAAUGGAAGAAGAGGAUGAAGAAGAAAAAGGAAAGGGGAUCGAAGAAUAGAAAAAAAAAACCCAACAAACAUCCAUUCACAUCUUACUAGGUUUUCAAUAGCCUCUAACUAAGUAAGAAAAGAAAGUUGAAUGAUUCUACUAGUUUCACUUUCAACAUUUCUCUGAAACAUUUAUUCUCAUGUUAUACAUUCUUUCCCAUUACACAUCUUAACCUACUUGAAAAAACGAAACAGAAAUGAGAGUGAGAAAAAAAAAAAACCCUGGAGAAAACGGAUAAGUGGAUAAGACAAAACAAGCAAAUAAACAAAACACAACUGAGCAAACACACUUUCUCCAGCAAUAAUCUCCUCCCACCCCACCGAAACCCCCUCCACCCUCAUGUGCGUGUGGGAACGCCAAGACUCGCAGCUCCCGCCUCGGCAGUCCCACACUCGUUAAAAGCAUGGCGCUGCCUGGGGAAGGCAAGACGACUCAGCUGGCGAGCGGAAUGGGUGUCGGUGUCGACGACGACGACUGAUUCUUGCGAUCAAACCACAACUUAGUGCCACCCGCUCCUCUCCGCCAUCUCCCCGGGCCUCCCCACCGCGCCACGCCGUCGUCCACCACCACCACCACAUACGACUACUACCACCACCACCAUCACCACUAUCGCCACCACCCUGGAGACAAGUGGAAAGUGGAAAGUCAGCAGACGUUGGCUUGUGUGAUGUUCCUCUGGAGGUGACAGCAAAGGGAGGCGAGAGGGAGGCACCACCGUGAUGGGAGCGGCGAGCCCGGUGUAGCAGACACUCGUAGAUCACUGUCGCCAAGCAGGAGGACUGUCACCAUGUCCUGCUCGCGUGCUCGGGGUCCAUGAAGGCAAGAGAGUUCUGAAACGAAACAGACAGAAAAUCCAUUUGUGGGGACUGAGCCUGGCGGACACUCACGCAAGCACGCACGCUAAUGAUUUGUCAGAGGACCUAAAUGAAAACUUAGAGCAUUCAUCAGUUAUUGAUUGACAUCGACUUUCACCUCAGGUCUGCGAUACGGAGGCUGAGCUGAUCUCCAGUUGUCACAGGCUGUCACACUCAGCCGCCACCGAGUCAGCGCCCAUUGCCGAAUCUCACCUGACGAUGCAAUAGAAUCUCGCCGAGGGGGAAAAAGCAAGAUGGCGAAUGCGGGUACCUGGACACAGUGGUGAUGACAUUCAAGCGUCUCAAUUUUUGGAAGUCUGUCAAGUGCGAGUUCAUGAUGACUCUCUUCUACGUGCUCUUCGGCUGCGGCGCCACGUCGUCGGUGCUGGUGAGCCAGAACACCAAGGACCUGGACGUGGCGCUGAUGUCGCAGUACGCAGCGGCUCUCAACGCAGCCCUGGCCUUCGGACUGACGGCGGCCAUCAUGCUGCACUGCUCCCUGCGCCUGGAGGGUCCCGUGCACCUCAACCCCGCCGUCACCGUCGCCCUGCUGUGCACCCGGCGUGUCAACGUCGUCACAGCCUUGUUCCACAUCAUGGCGCAGUGUCUAGGCGCACUGGCCGGAAGUGGAGUGCUGUAUGGCGUGACGCCAGCACGACUGCACGAUCAUUUAGGCGUCACCAUGGUGAUGGGCAACACCGGACGCGGACAAGCCUUUGGCUUCGAAUUUGUGUCCACGUUUGUUCUAGUCUUUGCUUACUAUUCUUCCUGCGAACCUGGAACCUUGAGGUUCAAACCCCUGCCUAUCGGCCUCGCUAUUUCGGCUGGGACACUGUUCAGCUGGCAGUACACAGGGGCCAGCAUGAAUCCCGCUCGCUCCUUGGGGCCUGCUGUCGUGUGCAAUGAAUGGCGAGAUCACUGGGUGUACUGGAUAGGACCGAUUCUGGGUGGCAUGCUGGGUGGCAUCACUUACGAAUACAGUCACUGGUCUGGGCCUGACACCCCGGGGUCCAGCGCCCGUCGCUUCAGCUGCCCCGGGGCUACCGGCAUGGGACUGGAACACAGCGGCAGCAAAGACAGCGUGGAGGACACGCCCACCGAGCUGACCUACACAGUCAACAUGGCCGACGACCCGGAAGUUUAAAUCACGUCGAGGCCCUGCUGAGAAUACUGUGUACGGUGCACAUGUGUGGGAGGUUGCAGGGGAUCAGAGGGCAAACGAUCCAUGACAAAGGUGAUGUCCUGCCAAAGGUCAACAAGUGUCGCGAGGACCAACUGUUGGAAGUGAGGACACUGGCUUGUCGUGGCUCAUGGCACCGGACAGUCACACAACGGACUGCUUCUGAUAAAUUUUCGUUUCUUGAUUUACAGCAGCGUGUUGUAUGUUGCGGUCAGAAGAGGGACAGCACAGUAUUCAAAUAUGGAAGUUUCCGAACAUCUUUGUGUAAAGAAAAAAAUUAAUAUCUUCAAAGUUUUGUUUCCCAAAUUCUCAUAGGGCUUAUUGGCAAACUUAUAUUUAUCUAUUUACACGAUACAGGUUGUGACAAACUUUGUGUGAUAGGUUCUAGUGGAAAAUGUAUUCAGGGCAUCUUAACACAGACCUUGCAGGGAGUAGUUAAACCUUGUUUACUAUUAUUACGCAAUUCUAUUUAUCAGUUUUGUAUACUUGGAGCAUGUCUGACAAAAAAUAUUUAGAAUAAAUAACUGCCGAUGUUUCUAGCAUAAAAUAUGUAAAAAAAUGUAUCUGAUCAAAAAGUUGUAAGAGAGCAGUUGUAGACUAAUAUUAGAUAAUAUUAGUUUAACCCUGUUUGUAGAGUAAGUAUUGUUCAAACUAAAAUCAAAUUGUCUAGAGCACACCAUGUACAUAAUAGACUCGGGUAUCUCUUUCCACAACCGGAUGGCUCCAUGUCGUAAUGUAGAUGAAGGUAAAGUAAAUAUUUUUUAAACAUUUUGAAUGACUGUCGACAAUUUAAAAAGCUAUAUAUUCUGUUUUUAAACUUUCAUCCCAGUGACCAAACAAUUUAAAAGCUCUAGCAAAAAUUGUGAUAAUUUUUCUGUAGCUUUUUUUAACAAUACAAACAGUAAACAUUUUUUUGAUCAACGCUUUAAGUACCGGUAAGGUGAAAAGGGACAUUCCAGAUGAAAUAAAUUUUGUAAAUAUCUUUUGAAAUGUAAAUGAUUGGUUUCUAUUUGUGCUGGAAACAGAGUCAAAAGUAUACUCAUAAUUUUAUGACCGAA